UUUACAAUCUGCAAUGUUUGAAUUUCCAAUUUUAAUUAGGCCUUACUGAACAAGUAAUUCCAUUAUUGCCACCAGCGAGCAGUCUAAAAAUGGCAGCAUUGCGACACGGUGUAUAGCUUCGUGAAAUGUUAGGCUUAACAUGAGAAAAUGACGAUCAAAUAGGCCUACCAAUAAACAUGUAUCAAUUAGCAUAAGCAAGGCCAAGCCCUGGCACCACAGAAAUCCUAUCAUCGAUUAGAUAGGCAUGCAGACAUGCCGCAAUUUCAGAACCAUGGACAGCGAUCGUUACUCCGACUUUGCGGGGGUCCAGAGAAACUGUUUAUGCCAGUUUUGUAUGUGUGUUAUUUUGGGGUUGAGCUUGAUCUGUAAUCUGUCUUUAUCACCAGCCCUUGGAAACCAUGAAUACUUCCCUAUUGGUGUGUGUGUUGGUGUGAGGGAACUCAGCUGGUGGGAAUUCAAACAGCUGUCAGGGGAGCUUUAAAAAGCCAGGAUAGGAAAAAGUGAACAAGGAGGAGGGAGAAAGAACAAGAAAGAAGAGAGAGCGAUGGAAAGAGUGUGCUCAGCAUCACCAGACCUACAUUUGUCUGUGCUCAGUAGCUCCUGACAGACAUAAAACAUCCUUGGACACUCACCAUGGGCCUGUCACCACACUGCAGUGAGGAAGGUGGGAAGUUGUAUUUUCCGUAGGGCUGGUACUGUACUCACCCUCCAUACCACUCUGCCCAACACUGGGACCAUGAGUGCACAGCCCCCUGCUAAGGAGGCCGCUCCCUGUGAGUAUGCUGGCAUACUAGGGGACAGCUCGGAGUCUGACCAAGAGCCCAGUCCAGAGGACCAUCUGGCUGCCUCCUGGGAGAACCUUCCUAUACUGGAAAGACUGGGCCUCAGCAUUGGUACAGAGAUGACUGAAGAGGAGGUAGAGAGUGCAUUUACCCAGCUGGCUCUGGCAUUCCGUGGUAACCAGUACACCCUGGCCCAGAGACUGCAGGCUGAGGAACACGACAGAACCGUGGCCCAGGAGAACCUCAACCUGGAACUGGAGAGUGCCAGAGACACUCUGCGGUCUCUGAGAGGUAGGUGUGUAGACGCUGAGCGGUCAGAGAUGCUGAGUUGUAUCGAGGCCAGUCUAGGCACAGUGCUGGACGGCGUGAGUGACAUCAUCGCUGCUGCUGAGAUGCUGGGGGUCGUGCACCAGGAAGCACGUGUUUGUUGUUCUGUGGAAAUUAUGGAGGUUCAUGUGGAACACCUGAAGCGUCAACAUGCUGUAGAGAGCGCUGAGCUGCUGGAGACCAGAAAGCGGCUCCACCGCAGCCGGGGCAGGAAUCACAGUGACUCAGGCAAGGAACAGUUUCAUCAAACUGUUCAGUGUAACAAGAUAGUUCACACACGGAAAGGCUGUGUUCUGACUGAUGGCUUUCUCAAUACAGAGGAAGGAGACGUCAGGAAUCGGUUUGUCAGACGAGACUCCCUACAGACCCUCACUCGGCGACGAGUCAGCGUAACACUAAUCCCAACGGGGUCCCAGCUCAGCGACCUAGAAACCAAGUUCCAGGAGGGUUGCAGGGCUGGUGCUGACACUGACACCCAGGGGCCAGAAGUAGGCAGUGUGAACCAAGCCAGCAGACCCCCUGAGAUGAUGUCCCCCCUGGCAAUCCCAUCCCCCCACUCCACCCUCCUCAUUAGACAGAGCUCCACACAGAGCUCCCAGAGCCUGGAGGACGAGAGCGAGAGAGCCCCUCACACCAGUUCCCUGCAGAUGACGCUGCGUCACAGGCGGAGGUCUGCCGUCCUGGAGCGUGAGGCCGAAGCUGAGGGGUCAGGGCUGGAGUCAGCAACGGGGUCAAGAGCAGGGUCAAUAGUUGGCACAGCCGAGCCCAGUGAGCUCUCUAUGGCCGAAUCGGUAUUCACCUCAGAGCCGCGAGUGGUUCUGUCAGAGCAGAAUCUCAGAGUUUCCUGGCUGUCUUACUGUCUCUGGGUCCUGGUGGUACUGCUCCUCUUGGCUCUCUCUUUCUUCAUCUUGCUGGGGUUCCUACUCUGGGGCCUGAGGGUUCCUCACCACAGCCCUAGCUUCUGACAUCUCACUUCUGCAGCACUGUCUCAGCUCGACACUACAGAGUUCUGGGUUCCACAAUCUGUGUUCUAAGAUAUGACUUCUGUACCACGGUUCUGAGCUACCCACCGCCUCCAUGGACUGGGCCCACACUACCUGCAAUAAUAUGUUGAACAAAUUGCUUGCACUCUACCUGUAAUAUGAUGGAUGUAAUAUGUUCUAUGAUAUCUGUGCAUAUUAUUUGUGUUGUCAGCUGUGCAUGACAAAUUACAUGAAAUGAACAAAAUGGAUUUUUGUAUCUGUGUUGUAUUCGUCACAUGCUUUGUAAACAGCAGAUGUGGACUAACAGUGAAAUGCUUACUUACAGGUCCUUCCCAACAAUGCAGAGAGAAAGGAAAUAGAGAAAUAAUAGAAAAGCCAAGCAGGAAAUAAUACAUACAAUAGAUACGAUAACUUGGCUAUAUACAAGGGUACCCGUAACGAGUCGAUGUGCAGGUGUACAAGGUAAUUGAUGUAAUAUGUACAUGUAAGUAGGAAUACAGUGACAGAUAGUGAACAGUAGCAGAAGCGUAUGUGAUGUGUCAAAGUGAGUGCAAAAAGGGUCAAUGCAGAUAGUCUGCAUAGCUAUUUGGUUAACUAUUGAACUAUUUAGCAGUCUUAUGGCUUGGAGGUAGAAGCUGUUCAGGGUCCAGUUGGAUCCAGACUUGGUGCAUCGAUACUGCUUGCCGUGCGGUAGCAGAGAGAACAAUCUAUGACUUGGCUGGCCGGAGACUGACAGUUUUUAGGGCCAUCUUCUGACACCACCUGGUCCAGAUGUCCUGGAUGGCAGGGAGCUCGUCCCCGGUUAUGUACUGGGCCGUACACACUUCCUUCUGUAACACCUUGCAGUCGGGUGCCAAGCAGUUGCCGUACCAAGCGGUGAUGCAGCCGGUCAAAAAUGCUCGCGAUGGUGCAGCUGUAGAGCUUUUUGAGGAUCUGAAGGCCCAUGCCAAUUCU